GGGCUCACAACAAACACACAGGCUUCCGGGGGCGUGUCCUCUGAUAUUUCUCUUUCAGGGAAAGUUUCAACUUCAUAUUGUAAUAAAAUCACGCAUACAGAAGUCAUGGACGAGGGGGAACGGGAGAAGCAGUGUUUCUACACUUGUCGCUGUUACCUCACGGACAACAUCUUCCUGGAGGACUACAGGCUCCACGUGAGAUACGUGACUGAACAGCAGUUCAGGGCCGACCACCAGCAGGUGCUCAGAAGUCGUGGUUGUUUAACAGAUGAGCAUUUUGACGAGGUUCUUCAAAAGAUCGCUCAGGAGGUUGAAAGACGUCAGAGUCUGAAUACAGAGUCUGCUGAGAGAACCGCUGAGAUACGACAGGUGUACCGGCCGCGCCAUCCUCACCUCUACCACCUCCAGGAGUCGUUCCUCGCCCCAGAGUUCCUACAGAUCGUGGCGUAUUGCCGGAGUUCUGGAGCCAAUCAGGAAGGACUGCUUGGGAUGCUUCAGUCGGAAGCCGGUGCGUUGGGAACGACACGGAGCAGAUGUUCCGGCACGAAUGUAAGAAUAAUAAAAGAAACGCCCAGAGUUGAACGGUGGUCUGUCCUCUCUGUUGAAGCUCCGCGCGUGUUUCGCCUCGCGGUGUUCACCAGGACCUUCUGCCAGGAGCUGGUGGAGGAGCUGGAGCACUUUGAACGCUCCCCGGCCCCCAAGGGGCGGCCCAACACCAUGAACAAUUACGGGAUGUUACUCAACGAACUGGGGUUCGACGGGGGCCUGACCACGCCCCUCCGCGAGCGCUACCUCGGACCAAUCGCGUCGCUGCUCUACCCAGACUGCGGGGGGGGCUGUCUGGACAGCCACAAGGCCUUCGUGGUGAAGUACGACCUGAGGGAAGACCUGGACCUCAGCUAUCAUUAUGACAACGCCGAGGUCACCCUCAACGUCUCGCUGGGGAAGGACUUCACGGGGGGAAACCUCUACUUUGGUGACAUGAAAGAUGUGCCUUUGGGCGACACAGAGUGCUCGGAGGUGGAGCACCGUGUGAGUGCGGGCCUGCUCCACCGGGGGCAGCAGAUGCACGGCGCGCUGCCCAUCGCGGCGGGCCAACGCUGGAGCCUCAUCAUCUGGAUGAGGGCCUCACGCCAACGCAACCACCGCUGCCCCAUGUGCAGCCAGACGCCCUCGCUGGUCCGGGGGGAGGGCUUCGCCGACGGAUUCACGGACGGGGUCGGAGACGAGGAGGGAGCUCAGAACGCGUCCUGUGUGCUAACUUGAUGCUAUGUUAAGGGGAUGGAUGCUAACAUGAUGCUAGCAUGAUGUUAACGUCAUGUGUUCUACACCAUGCUAUUCAAACGGGAUACUAGCGUUGUUAUUCUCAUUGCAGAAUGUUUACUGACAGAAUGUGCCUGUAUAUGGAAGCCAAAAAAAACGUACAAAUAUCCGAAUAUGAUUUUCCUUAUAUUUCUGAACUUCUCUUUAAUUUAUAUGUAUAAUUAUGUUUUAUAUUUUACACUGAGAAACCUUAUAUUAAAUCUACAAUAUUUUUGUUAAACUACUGAUGUGCUCGUAGCCUGACAUGACGACCUGCCACUUUGUGAUUCACACAUGUAAAUUCUAAGUGUACUUAAAUACCAUAUUUUCCAUAAUCCUUCAAUGGAAACCAAGAAACAUAUUUUUUCCUAACAUGCGUAUGAAGAAGCAAAAAUACCCAAGCUUGUAUGUUCUACUUUAAGGCUGUAAAUGCAUAAUAAUGGUUAUUAAUAAGCUGUGCUCAGUUCAUAUAGGCUCACAUCUAUAUUAAUAAAUGGUCAUGUAAAUUACGUAAAAAUGUAUCUAUUGAAUAGCAUUAGCAUAUAGGCUUUGGUACAAAAGACAAAACAAGUGUUCAGAUUUAAAAGUGACGUUAUUUUAAUCAUAAAACUUAUUGCUACAAGAAUAUACUCUGGUUUUGUUGUUUUUGAAAAUAUAAUACAGUUCGAUUCAAUAUCGAUCAAUUUGGCAACAUCAAA